AUGGCCGACCAGCUCAGCGCAGCAGACGUCAAUGCCAUUGCCGCCUUCCUCAGCGCUGAGGACGUGCCUGAUGUCCUCGCCGCCGAGCCGGUAGACUGCCUAGUCUUGUGCGUGUCGGCCGUGCUGCACAGCGCCGACGUUGUCUUCUCAGCGCUUGAAGCGCGCCCCCGCCUGACCAAGACGUUGGUCAUCUGCGGAGGCAUUGGCCACUCAACGCCAUUCCUCUACCACGCAAUUUCGCGCCAUCCCCGCUACCAGGAACUUUACCCGGCGAUUCGCGGCCUGCCAGAGUCGCGCGUCCUGGCCCAAGUCUUCGACCGCUUUUACGAUUCAGAUGCCAUUCGCCAAGCGGGUGUGACGGUGCUCGUCGAGGACCGCUCCACCAACUGCGGAGCCAAUGCCAUGGAAACGCGCGCCUUGCUGGAACGACAUGGCGUUGCACCACCGCGCACGCUCCUGGUCGUCCAGGAUCCCACAAUGGCGUGCCGCACCGUGGCCUCGUUCGAGAAGGCCUUUGACGACGUCAGGCCCCGCGUGCUGAGCUGCCCGACAUUCGUGCCGCAGGUGGAGAGCGCGGGCUCCGGCAUUGUCUACUGCACUCCAGCCGUUGAGCCGGCGGGCUUGUGGGAGGUUGCUCGCUUCCUCGACCUGCUCCUAGGCGAGAUCCCUCGGCUGCGCGACGACGCCAAUGGCUAUGGCCCGCGCGGCAAAGGAUUCAUCGCCCAUGUCGACGUGCCGGACGCGGUCGAGCAGGCGUGGGCGCGCGCGUGUGAGAGGGUUGCGCGCGGCAGAUGA